CUCUCACUGCACUAAUCCAUGAAAAUGAAAAUUAUACGCAAUAAAUUUGUAUAAAAUAAUCAAAAUCCAACUAUUACAUUCAAAUUACUGGAUCUGAAACUCCUCAUUUGGAUCUACACUUUUUCUACUUGAAAUGGGUUCGAGUAGUAGCAAGAAUAAUGCAGUUAAUUCACCGCUGCCACCGUCAUCUCCGGCGGCUUCAUGUUCAUCAUCGGUGGUCGUUCGGAGAUCUCGAUCCACUCGAAGUAAAGUUUUUCAGUCCGCCUGUCUCGGAUCUCGCGAUUCUGAAAAUGAAGCAGCACAGGCUUUGGAAACUCAAACGAAACGAAAUGAGGGUAGUGGUGCUUGUUUGAGUGAGACUAAAUCAGGAGGAAGAAAAGCCGAAUGGUUUGGAAAGGUUAAAAUUAAGAAGCAUGAUGAAACAUGUGUAGCCUCCAAUAUUGAGAUUGAUGAUUGGGAUGAAUCACGCUUAUCUGAUACAAUUGCUAGGAAAGGUGAUGCUUCUUCUCGAGCUUCAUCAUCUAGAUCAUCGAAUCUUUCUGGUCGUUUUCUCCCCCGGUUCAAUUUUCGUCCUGGAAACAUGAGCUUCCGGCUGAGCAGAGCAAACAGUUUAGGGUCAGCAAGGUCCCUUUUUGCAUCUUCACAGAGGUUUGCUACUUCAAUUAAUGAGGAUGAGCUUCGGCGCUCAAGUUCGUCAGGUAGAUUCACUGACAGAAAUGAAAGGCCACAGAAUUGUGACUUCCUUCCUAGUUGUUUCAGCAAUCAGUCUCCUAGCCAAUGCUCUGAAGAUGUUACUUCUAAUAACUUAGUAUUCACUCCUUCAACUGCUAACUUCUCUGAUAAUUUCACGGAUGAGCCACAUCCUACUUCCAGAAGAGGUUUGUCAGGUGACAGACAUGAUACUAGAGUAGAGUGUACUGUUAAUUUAUUUUCUCCAAGAAAUAAUAAUUAUACUGACGGUUUCGAGACAAGAGUUUCUGACAGAAGGAGUGCAGCUCGCGAACCUACUGAAAGGAACAUCAGUAUCAGCAGAACCCUGAGUGUUGGUAGACUUCGCGAUAGGGUUGUUCGAAGAUCAUCAUUUCCUGAUGUUUGUUCCUUUCAACGGGAAACGGAAACUGGGCAUGCUAGUGAGAAUAGUAUGAGACAGAAUUUAGGUGGUGAAUUAAGUUCGGUAGCAUCCGAAGGGAAUGACUUAAUUCUAUCAAAUACUUCUGGCUUUGCAUCAUCUGGUGCCUCUACCUCCUUGUAUGGGAGCCAAUAUUAUGCAGUUGAGAGCCCAAGAGGAAGAGAAACAAGAUAUCAUGAUCUUCUGGAGCAUAGGUCAAAUUGGCUAGAGCGGCGAAGAAGAAUAAGAUCUCAGGUCUAUGCCCUUCAACGACUGGGAAGGCGCUUUGAGAACCAUUCUGGACAUGAGAGGUCUUGUGUUUUAUCUGGUCAGCAUCGAACAGGUCACUGUACAUGUCGUAUCAGUAGCCAAGGAGCUAACUUAGAUAGUGACAGUAGUGCCAGGGCAAGCAUCUCAAGAAUUGUUAUGCUGGCAGAAGCUUUAUUCGAGGUUCUGGAUGAAAUUCAUCAGCAAUCAGUUGUAUUAUCAUCCCAGCCUUCUGUAUCCUCAAUUGGAUCUGUUCCAGCACCCAAUGAAGUUGUUGAAUCCCUACCUGUCAAAUCAUACAACAAAUUUCGUAGGAGUUCGAAUGACGAAGUUACACAAUGUUACAUUUGUCUGGUUGAGUACGAGGAAGGAGAUAUGUUACGAACACUGCCUUGCCAUCAUGAAUUUCACAGGACUUGUGUUGACAAAUGGCUCAAAGAAGUUCACAGGGUAUGCCCAUUAUGUAGAGGUGAUAUCUGCCAAGGGAAUGUUUGAUGUUGCUUUCCUGGAUAUCCUGUUUUGUAUUAUGGAUCCCCUUGAUAGUGUUGCAAGAAGAGUUGGCGCCAGGAGUAACUUCACAUGUCCUGAAACUUUCUUCGAUACACUUGAUUAUGCACAGUUUGAGAGUUUGGUCCUGUUUCAAUGCAGUUAUCCAUCUCUUUUGUUGUAAUUGUCUUCCUUUACAAUAUUCAUUUGUGAUAGAAACCUAUAGUUUCCCAGUAAA